AUGUCAUUUAUUUCCACCACCAAGCAUAUCCCGCUCCAAGAAGAUGUUCACCUUCAUAUCGAGCAGUCGUUUCCUUCACGGCAAUCGCAAGACCAUCCAACUAUUAUCUUUCUCCAUUUCUGGGGAGGAUCUUCCAAGACCUGGUCACCCGUCAACGAUUUAAUCGCACCGGCCUUCCCAACUGCCCGAAUUGACUUUCGCGGAUGGGGUAGCUCUACAGGCCCCGCUGAUGAGACAGGAUACUCCAUCCUCCAACUCGCCCAAGACGUUGAACAUGUCAUUACGCAGCUGGAACUACAGAAAUACAUCAUCGUCGGGCACUCUAUGGGCGCAAAAGUGGCUCAAGCCGUUGCAGGUCGAAAGUUUGUUAUUGGACUAACAGGUUUAGUCCUGCUCUGCCCGGCGCCGCCAACGCCUUUGGUGCUUCCGGAAGAAAUGCGUGAUCAACAGGUCAGUGCCUACGAUAACGCACAGAAUGCUGGGUCUGUUGCCCGGAACGUCCUCACAGCAAAGGCCCUGGCCGACGGCACUAUCAAGGGAAUUGUGGAGGAUAUGUUGAAAGGCAGUCCAUCUGCCAAAGCAGCAUGGCCACGAUAUGCCAUGAAUGAAGAUAUUCUAGAGCUAGCCAAAACGAUCUCCAUUCCUUCAAUUGUUAUUGCUGGAGGCAAAGAUCAAGUUGAACCUGUGGCCCGUGUCAAGGCUGAGGUCUCUGGUAACAUUUCCGUGGCCGAGUUUCUUGUGCUGGAAGAAGUUGGACAUCUUGCCCCGCUCGAAGCACCGGAGGAGGUUGCAGAAAUCAUAACCGACUUCAUAUCAAGUAGAAUAUAG